AACGAUUUCUAGUGCUGCCACGGAAGAUUGAGUCAACCUGACCCCAAACGCCAUUAAACCCCACCCCCUCAGUCCUGUCAAUUCCGUGCCUUUUGCCGAACCCCAAAUCCCCAAAACCAAACUACUAUAACACCAACAAGCUCCCAUCAUAACAACAAUCCUCCUCAUCAUCCCUUGAAUCCGAUUAGACUAGCAUUUACCUGCAUCACCGAACAGCAACCUAUCUGCAAAAUGUCCUCCCCAAACCCCGUCGACGCCCCACCCCACAUCCUCCAGCUCCUGACCACCCUCCACAAAAAGUCCCUCGACCAAGAAGCGGUCAUCUCCAAGAAGGAGACAGGCAAGGUCGUCUCUUCUUACAUUCUGGACAAUCUCGACGCCGAUCAUGCCGCAAGCUCCUCCACCAAAACCCGAACUCAGGCCGAGUUUGAUCGCCUCAUGCUCGACAAGCUCAUCGCCCUAGACGAGGACAAAUGCCAGUUCGUGUACCAGCUCCUCACCGCGAUGGGCGCCACCACCGUCGUCGAGGCGGGCACCAGCUUCGGCGUGAGCACGAUCUACCUGGCCCUCGCCGUGGCCAAGACCGCCGCCCGCACGGGCAAGCCCGGCACGGUGAUCGCCACCGAGAAGGAGGCGAGCAAGGCGGCGAUCGCGCACGGGUACUGGGCGCAGUGCGGGCCGGAGGUGCAGCGGAUGAUUGCUCUGAGGGAGGGCGAUUUGCUGGUCACCCUGCAGGAGGGGGUGCCGGAGGUGGAUUUGUUGCUUUUGGAUAUAUGGUGUGCGCUGGCGCUCCCCACGCUCAAGACGGUUCUGCCUCGGUUGCGGCGCGGGGCGGUGGUGUUGACGGAUAAUACGCUGUCCGGGGCGGAGGGGUAUAAGGAUCUUUUGGCGUUUUUGCGGGAUCCGGUCAAUGGGUUCAGGAAUGUCACCUUGCCGUUUACGGGGGGGUUUGAGAUGAGUGUUUAUUCGCCGUGAUCUGCUGAUUGCUACAUCAGAGUAAUGUUGGUGGAAUCUAGCUUGGUGUAUUCUUACGGUGCGAGAGAUGCUGCAAUGAAGAAAGGGUCAACCCCUCAC